GUGAAAUCAUAACGUGUUGCACUGCACCUGCGCCGCUAAAAGAGGAAGUGCGUGGUGCGUAAUUCGGUAAUUUAUGCUACUCUGAGUUUUGUCAGCUCGAUCGACCGCCUUCAUCUCGGUUCGCCUGCAUUGAGAACCAUCGUAGAAAGUAACAGCCCGUGGAUGCGCUUGCACGAGGAUAACCAAGGACGGAAGCAAAGCACCGGCGAGUGGUACGACAAUAUGAGUGAUGAUGACCGGGACAUCGACAUAGAGAGCGACGAUGGGGAUGAUUCAGACAACACCAAAUCCCAAUCUCGCUCUGGCGCCGGCAGUCACUUCUAUUCUCAGGCAGAAAAACGCGCCCACCACAAUGCCCUUGAACGGAAGCGACGUGAUCAUAUCAAGGACAGCUUCACAUCGCUGCGAGAUUCGGUACCAUCGCUGCAGGGUGAAAAGGCUAGCCGCGCGCAGAUACUGAAAAAAGCUGCAGAAUACAUUCAAUUCAUGCGGCGGAAGAAUAAUGCGCACCAGCAAGACAUUGACGACCUGCGUAGGCAAAACGGUAUGCUCGAGUCGCAAGUUCGCCACCUGGAGCAGGCGCGGUCCACUGGGAACUUUGCUGAUGGCGCCGAUCUGGGCCACGCAAUCAACGACAGCUCCCGCGAAUCCGACAGCUCCGACAUCGACGAGGUUCCGAACAACAACAACAACGGGCUUGGCAUGCGACGAAACAAAAAGAUGAAGACCAACUCCAAUUACUGAGGUUGCUCAGGCGGGCGAAGUUUUGGGCGCAGUUCGAGCGGUGGCAUUGUAACAAAUCAAGUUACAUACGUUUCAACAUCGGACGGGUCGCCCCCUCUUUGGAGUAAUUUUAAGUGAUAGGCAGUUCUCUUUAUAGCUCAUCGAAAAACUCAUUUUCUCUAUUGUGUACCGUACCUUAGCAGUACGAGCUCAAAUAUAGAACUACAGCUGAAGGCUGUUUACUGUAUUGUUUACUAUACGAACGUUUACUGCGAACUACAACAAAAAGGUUGCUGAUUGCAGCGUAUCAAUCGGAUGGAUUCGUAAAACAAGUUUCAGUUUUGUGUAAAGUUUGUAAAUUUACUUGUGUAUUAAGGAUUUUUUUGCCACAUACUCAGAGACCAGGGAAUAUAUUCUUGUACAACAAAACACGUAAUCACAGUGUCAAAUAAUGUUUAUAUUUUAAACAGAUGCACGCUGGACAAAACAGAAAUAAAACGAUAUUUAGUGAUA